AUGUCCUUCAAUCCUGAAAUGGCAAAUGCAAUGCUCCAUAAGCAGACUUUACAUUCAACACCAAGGCUUUCAUUUCAUCUUAAAGCAACAAGUAUAGCAGCUAUUUUGAGGUUCAAUCUAGCGCAUAGUCUUGAGACGGCUUCAUAUGGACUUGUGUUUGGAUUGAAUACAUUUGUAGCUCUUGUACUUCAGUCACUUCUCACAUUAGUUGUAACGUCCUCGUUUGGUCUUGCUCUAAGCAUUAGGCCCCAGUUUGUGGUCUACUCUGGAUAUCAUUUCGUCGUCUCAGUCAUAUUCAUUGUAGCACCUGUGUAUCGAACAUUGCACAAAGUUUUCAUAAUGUGCAAAAAGUGA